AUGUUUGACAAAAUGUCUGCCUAUAAUUAUACACUACUUCCACCUGGACAUAAUACCAUUCGCGUGCUUCGCCUCUUACCGAAUAAAAACCGGGCUGCUCUAAUUGAAUGUGAGCUCAUUGAGCACCCCCUCAAAGAACAAGAGGAGCAAGCCUACGAAGCCCUGUCAUAUGUUUGGGGCUCCACAGAAAACCCCUCUUCGAUAUGCGUUAACAGCUACGCCCUGGAAGUCACGGCAAACUUACAUGCAGCGCUGUCGCGCCUUCGAUAUCAACGGUUCCCGAGGCUGCUGUGGGUCGAUGCUAUAUGUAUCGACCAGAAAAGCAAUAUAGAGAAAGAACGGCAGAUUCAAUUGAUGGCCAGAAUUUAUGGGCAAGCUAGAAAUGUUAUCGUUUGGCUUGGAGAAGAAGAGAAUGAUAGCACUUCGACGCUAGCGAGAUUACAAGUCGCUGCGGAAGGCGAGCGUCUGUUGGAAGAAAUCAAUGAUACGGCACUUAUAGCACUCUUGGAACGCCCUUGGUUCCGGCGGGUCUGGGUUCUUCAAGAGGUUGGAGUUGCUCGGUCGGUCCUGGUCAAAUGUGGCCCUAUGGAGAUGAAUGGCUAUGCAUUUUCCUCGGGUUUGCGCGGAAGAGCAAUAUUCCGUCCGGGUCAAAGUGUACUGCACGAGAGGAGACGCCCUCUGGGCGAGUUACUUGAUAUGUACCAUUCCCACAAGGCCACCAUACGCCAUGAUAAAGUGUUUGCCCUUCUUGGUAUGUGCUGCGAAAACCUAGAGGCAGCGGGCUUGUUGCCUCACUAUGAGGUCCCUUGGGAACUCCUCUUCCAGCGAAUCAUUAGGCAUGUUCUGUCUCAAAGGGUAUCGAUCGAAACUUGGCCCGAUAAAGAGUUAGCGUUGAUCAAGGGUAUGGGCUAUAGCCUAGGGAGGGUAUCUGCAGCGUACGGAGACAAAUCUCGAUUUGACAGACAGCAUGUGCACAUUGACUUGAUCAACUCGAUGCAAUCGCUUCAGCGCAUCAAGGAUUCGAGAAGUCACUGUAGUCAUUACGUCGAACGAGGCACUGUUAAAUGGACCGUGCGGGUCUCAGCACAGGCCGUCAAGCCUGGGGAUAUUGUCUGUUUCAUACAAGGGGCAUCCAAGCCGAGCAUUGUCAGGCCAUUCAAAGACUAUUUUAAUAUCAUCAUAAUAGGAGUAACUCCUCUAUAUGUCGAAAAUGGUGAAACCUUUCGAGAAGUUUCUUUACCAUCAGAUCAUCCAGACCCCCUUGACGACAUGGGACGGGAAUCAAAAUACGACUGUCUUCAGGGGCUUUUGCUCAUCUGGAACUGGAGCCGACCCUCAGACCAUCCAAACCAGCAUGAUGCAGUUACAACAGCACCAUGGUAA